AUGACCGACAUUGGACUGAUGGCGUACUAUCUCGGUGUGGAAGUCAAGCAACUCAAAGAUGGAAUCUUCAUCACACAAGAAGGUUACGCCAAGGAAAUUCUCAAGAAGUUCAAGAUGGAGGACUGCAAGGCAAUCAACACACCAGUGGAGUGUGGGAUCAAAUUAUCCAAGAACGACGGAGGAGAAAAAGUGGAUCCGACAUUAUUCAAGAGCUUGGUUGGAAGCCUACGAUACUUAACUUGCACGAGGCCAGACAUACUUUAUGCCAUAGGGCUCGUGAGUCGCUAUAUGGAAAAUCCAACCUCCAUCCACUUCAAGGCAGUGAAGAGAAUACUACGAUAUCUCAAAGGCGCGCUCGACUAUGGCAUAUUCUAUUCAAAUACUGAUGAUUAUAAGCUUGUUGGCUAUAGUGAUAACGAUUGGGCUGGAGAUAAUGAUGACCGCAAAAGUACGAGCGGGUCGUAUUUUUUAUGGAAGACACCGCUUUCACCUGGAUGUCCAAGAAGCAACCCAUAG